AUGUACCUGGUAAUCAUAUGUAAUAAGCAAGAAAGUACAUCCCUACAAGAAUAUCAAGUAGCUGAAUCCUUAUUUCACCUCAUUGUUCGAUUGAAAGAGCACUUUACAAAAAUAUUUCCAUUAAAGAAACUGAUGUUGGUUAUCUGGAAGGCUCUAUUGAUCACACUUGGGGACUUGAAUGAAGAAUAUCAAGAUAUGAAGAAGGGCGUACGUCAGGCUUAUGGAUUACCUAUCUAUCAGGAUAAAUCAAAGCUUAUAAAAUGCACACCAGAGGACCUAUAUGCGUUCUAUCAGCAUUCAAGUGACAGAUAUCCCACAUUUAUACCAAAAAAGCCAACAUCAAAAUUGUUAAAAGACUCGUUAAUCAUUUCACCUACAAAAAGAUUGGUUCAACUGAUGGGUUUAGUAGAAGAGUUAAAUAAGACUGAUCUGCCAUUUCAGACCAUCUUUCCUUCCAAAAAUACAUUAUCUCAACAACAGCAACAGCAACAACAGCAUGCAGCAAAGGAGGAAUAUAAAAGAAUAAAAGAAGCCAACUUGCUACCAUUAAUAAUGCCUGGAUCUAUGAUACCCCACAGCCUAUUAGAGGCAAAUCAAAUUUGGUUAGAUCAUUUAUAUAUUUCAGUAACAAAUUAUCAAACUAUUCGGGAAAGAAAGAUGGCCAUAAAUAGAUGGCAACUAUGGAAAAAGAAACAACAAAACCAACAACAACAACAAGAUGAUGAAAUUGAAGAUGAAAAUGACGACGACGACGAUAAAUGGAUGAAGCACUUGAAUGACACACACAAGUCAAAGCUGGAAUAUAUAAAGCAAUUGUAUAGAUCCAUCGUUCCCUAUUUUCAUAGUAUAGUCGUUGUGGUAUUGAAGAUGUUGUUAUCCGUUGUAUCAACAGGGAAGGAUAAGGAAGCUGAAAUAAUGGAAGAUGUGAAUGUUACUAGAAAUAGAGAAACUGUGUCAAAAGCUGUAUCAGGCAUACUAUUGCUUCUAUUGAAAUGGUUUAAGGUCUCUCAUGUAUUCGAAUUUGAAUAUUUUGCACAGAGUUUGAUUGAUUCCGGAUGUAUGCUUCUCAUAUUAAAGUUGCUUGGAUUACAAGAGAUUGGCUUACUGGCUUCAAGAAAGACGGAUGAUGAUAGCCAAAGCUUUUUCGGCUAUGUGCAGCAGCUGAAGCCCCAGGAUGAUGACCAAGGGGACAGAGGAUAUACAAACAAGAGGAAUUUAUGCUGGACUAUCAAUUUAUUAAGGAUAUUACAAAUGCUUAGUAAAGGCAAGGCACAACGUAUUCUGCUCUUGGUGCAGUAUAAAUCAUCUGCCAUUUUAAAAAAGCUAUUAAAAGUUGGACACCCUACAAAUCUGAAGAAUCAAGUACCAUAUCUUGGCCGUAAAUGGAGAUCAUCCAAUAUGAAGACAGUAUCAGCAAUCUAUUCCCAUUGUCCAACUUCAUUAAAUGAUGAAUGGUUGUCGACAUCUGAAGGAUCUGUGGAUACAGAAGAUACUACAUUGAAGGAAAAACAUUUGAGAACAUUAAUCAGAUUAUACAAUGGAAGACACUAUUUAUCAUCUUUAUUGCCCUCAAUGGAUGAGAUUCAUGGACCAGAAAAAACAUAUUUUUAUGCUGAUGCUCCCAAUGGAUUACCAGAAUAUUCAAUACAUGAACUAAUCGCACUUGAUGACGUUGAAUUGGAUGUUGACUUUAAGCAAAACUACAGGAUGUUCCUUGACAAAGAGGUGUACUCUACGGAUGCCGAAGAAGAAGAGGAUGAUGAAGAACGCACAUGGAGCAUUGGUACGCCGUUACCUGACAGUGCACCUACCUUAGCUCUGUCACAUGAAGAAAUUGAGAAAGAGAUUAACAGACUAUACUUGGAAGAAUUAAAUAAUGAAUUUCAGCAACAGGAAGAGCAAAUGAAUGGAUGGGAUUCACCAAGCGAACCUAACCCUAGUAGUCUCAGAGUGGAUGACGAGGAAGACGUUGACGAAGAAUAUUGGACAAACACAGAGGAUGACCCAUUAACAGGUAUAGACUGGAAUAGUUUAACAGAGGAAGAACUGAACAAGAGACUCUCUAUCGUGGAAAGUAAUACUGUUAAAAGAUGGAUGAAUGUUGAACUUGAUGAUCCUCGAUAUCUCAAGGUUCUGAACCCUUUGGACACUGAGAUAGAGACAGAUGAAGAAGGCUGGCCAAAGUGGUGA